AUGGACAGCCUUCCUGCAGCCGACGUCGAACAGGGGAAGAAAAACUGCAUUGAAGUUUGCGGCCAGGGGAAAACGACAUCUGCAGAUCAGGUGCCAAGGCCAGGUAUAGCAAAGUGCCCUUUUGACGAGGUGGCACUACUUCAUCAUGGCGUGCUCAGCAGCGAGGGUCACCAUAUCACGGAGAAGAAAAAGGUGAAAACGAGGGAAGAGGCGGCUGCAGAACCUCUGGAGGAGUCAAACCAGCGAAUGUUCGGCCGUCGCGUCCAAGUUGUAUUGAAGCCGGAAAUAAUCAAGCUGCGUUCAUCAGAAGAAGAACUUGGCGGCGAUGAGUCAAAGGCAACAACGUCGUUUGAUGCAGAGGAAGGUAGGUCGAAACCUGCUUCCUGUCCCUCAGAUGACCAGGUGAGUACUGAAUCAUUCUGGAGGUGA